AUGUUGGAGGAUUAUCCGGCCCUUAAGCUCAAACAGCAGAUUUUUUAUGAGUUUGAACGGAUCACAAGCAUCAAUCUGAAGCAACGUUUCUUUGAGAUGGCCUCCAAAAACCUGACAGCAGCUCUUGAAAUAACGGAGAACAAGCCAAAGCCGGAUAUUUUUUACAAGACUCUUGAACGGAUGGAUGUUGUUGAGGAAUCCGAGAAACAAGAACUGAACUGUCUGAUCUUCUUCUGUUUGUUUCCACUCCUGCUGAAAGAAACGCACAAUUCCUUCAUCACAUGCGAAACUUGCCCCGCAGUCUAUCCCAUCGCAGUGUGCCCCACGACAUCAACAGAGCGCUGCAGUGUGCUUUUUGAAAACCAGGCCUAUGAGGCAGAGGGCCCUCUGGAAGCUGUAGCACUUUGUUUUUGCCUGGCAUGGGUUUUUGACCUUCAGUACUUCGUUAAGUGUCGUCGUACAUUUGUUUGUUUCGAAAGACUUGCAGGUCUGAAACACUCAAAGCUGGGCUGCAUGGGCACAAGGCUGCUCACUGCCCUGAGUUCAAAAAGACCAUAA